GAAAGACUUCCAGCUGCAUCACGGAGUUUCUCUCGGUUUGUGGGCUCAUCUAAAGGUGAGUAACAGGAGGAGAAGAGUCUGUUGGUGCAACAGAGGAACAAUUUCAGCCAUUUGGACUCAGCUCAGCCACUACAUUGGAAACAAUGUCUUCAACACAAAAGGACCAACAUGGAGCGAGAAGUCAGCGCUUUCAGGAGGCCGACAAACCUCACAGAAGAAAGAGAGAGAAAACCUACAGCUGUGAUGAGUGUGGGAAGGAUUUUACCCUGGCUCAAAGCCUAAAAAGACACCAACUCAUCCACAGUGGAGUUAAACCGUACAGCUGUAAUGAGUGUGGGAAGGGUUUUACCCGGACUGGAAGUUUAAAAACACACCAACUCAUCCACAGUGGAGUUAAACCGUACAGCUGUGAGUUGUGUGGGAAGGGUUUUACCUGGACUGGAAGUUUAAAAACACACCAACUCAUCCACAGUGGAGUUAAACCUUACAGCUGUGAGUUGUGUGGAAAGUCUUUUACCCAGGCUGAAAACUUAAAAACACACCAACUCAUCCACAGUGGAGUUAAACCUUACAGCUGUGAGUUGUGUGGAAAGUCUUUUACCCAGGCUGGAAGCUUAAAAGCACACCAACUCAUCCACAGUGGAGUUAAACCUUACAGCUGUGACUUGUGUGGAAAGUCUUUUAACCGGGCUGGAAACUUAAAAACACACCAACUCAUCCACAGUGGAGUUAAACCUUACAGCUGUGAAUUGUGUGGUAAGGCUUUUGCUCUAAAUGGCGACUUACAGAGGCAUCUAGUUACCCACUCUGGAAUUAAGGCGUACAGCUGCGACUUUUGUGGAAAAAGUUUCAGCAACAAACACUACCGAAAUAUUCACCUACGGUUUCACACUGGAAAUGAUGUUUACUGCUGUGAUCAGUGUGGGAAACUGUUUGCAACAGAUGGACAGUUACAACAACACAUGUUUAGCCACACUGAGGAGAGAUCUUAUAAAUGUGACCUGUGUGAGAAGACUUUUAAAGCUCCACAUCACCUGAAAAGACACCAACAGAUCCACACCAGAAAGUAACUCUACAAGUGCAGUUACUGUGAGGAUGUAUUUAAUUUUAUUAUCUUGUAAUUUUAACCUGAGUGUUUGGAACAAGUCUGAUCAGUAAACUUAUGGAGUUAUACUGAAUGAACUGUUUGGAAAAAUGAAGACUCAUUUUCACUCAGUAAGCUGAGUGUUGUAAUGUAAACAGUAAAAUUUAAUUGGACAUUGGCAGAGAUGCUCUUUAUUUCAGGUGACGUUCAGGAUAAAAUCGUUGAAGGAAUUCCCUGACUUACACUGACUUUGUUUAGAAGUGGAGCAAAGCACAUAGAUAAGUGCACACUAUUAAGCAUUACUUAAUCAUCUGUUAAGCAUUAGUUAAUGGCUACUUAAUUAUCUCUACAGCAUCUACAAAGUAUUUCUCAUAAUCAGUUAAUAGUUUACAAGCACUGCUUUAAACACUUUAUUCAUGAUGAACAAGCUAAUGUACAACACUGUAUUAAUUAUGUUUUCAUGUUCUAAAACUCAUUGAUUAAUCAUUUAUAAACACUACUCUGCAUCAGUUACAAACCAGUCAUUUCAGGAUGUUCAGUGGUAUACAAAA